AUGACGGACCAGUCGAAGUCAGACGAUGCCCCCAAGCAUCCACCUUUCUCUGGAGAAGCAUUCUCUAAUAAUCUACUUACCGACCUCGCCCCGCUUCUUACCCUCUUUGGUGAGCAGGUUACGAAACAAUUUCUCACCCUAUCCAUGGGUUGGGCCGACAACAUUUUGAUAGCUCUUGGGCCAUUGGGCAUCAUGACAAUCCUUGUUAGCACGAUUCGCGUCGGCGGAGAGCGACGUUUGAAAGCCAUUAUUGGUCGCGCAAGAGAAGGCCGAGCAACCGCAGAAGCCGAAAUACUAUCGUCUACUUCCAACGAAGUCUGUGAGAUGUGGAAUGGGAAUGAGAUCAUCCGAACAUAUGGAUCGCCAAAAACAAGGCAGAUAGUCAUAGUACAAGAAGAAGAUGGUUUGCGGUGUUACCCAAUUGUGGAAGCAUGUCAUUUGAAGUAUUUGGUCGAAAAAUCUGGCCGUAACAAGGAGGACUUUGAACGCUUGAUCUUGGAAGGAGUACCAAACCUUACUCUCAAUGCACCUCGUUCCAUUGUUUCGAAACACGAGCUAUGGUUAUGGGCUUCCGUAGGUAUCGUACUACAGGGAAUCUGCCUUGCAUUCCCGGCUAUCCUAAAGCGCUCAUACGGCUGGAGGGUACCUUUGUAUGGCUAUGUUUGUUAUAUCUUAGGCACUGCUGCUGUUGGCACAGGUCUUGCAUUAUGCUCACACGUCAUUGAGGCAAGCACAACCGAGCUGGAGUUUAUCCCAAACCCAGAAAAGCGGAUCCCGCUACAGAUCAUUACAAUUCAGGAGGGAACAACUGUCGGCGAACAGCGAUUUUCUUCAUACCUGUCCACCAGUGCUCCCAAAAAGCAACGGAUUUGUCUAUCAACACGAAAUGUGCGAAAUUACAGGUGCGUUGGUUAG